UUGCCUUCCAAACUCAAAAACACCAUUGGCUUCUCACCAUGGAAGAACAACUCAUCCAUGAUUGUGAAGCUAACUCCUCUUUCUCUACUAUUACUGCCUCUUCCUCCUCCUCUUCCUUGUCCUCCAUCACCUCUUCUUGUCCCAGCGCCUCAUCAAAGAAGAUAAAGGAGGCUUCCAAAGGUGGAUCCAAGAGGGUGGUUGAGACUACUGCCGGCGGUGGUGGUGGUGGUGGUGAAGCUAGAAAGAGAAGCAAGGAUGGCAAGCACCCUGUGUACCGCGGCGUCCGGAUGCGGAACUGGGGGAAAUGGGUGUCGGAGAUACGCGAGCCGAGGAAGAAGUCGAGGAUCUGGCUGGGGACGUUCCCGACGGCGGAGAUGGCGGCGCGAGCCCACGACGUGGCCGCGCUGACCAUCAAGGGCCAGUCGGCGCACCUCAAUUUCCCGGAACUGGCCGCGCAGCUCCCGCGGCCGGCCUCCGCGUCCCCCAAGGACAUUCAAGCCGCGGCGAUGCUCGCCGCCGCCACGUUCUGCGCCACCGGCCUGACGCCAUGCACGAGCUCGGAGUGCUCCGGCGCGGACCACGCCGAGCCGCCGACCUCCAGCUCCCCGGCCUCGACAACCUCGUCAAGCGAUAACGACGACGCGCUCUUCGACUUGCCGGAUCUCUGUCUUGACCUAAGAGAAGCCUUCUGCUACUCUUCUUCUUCUUCAUGGCUGCCUUGUGCGGACGAGGACUACGUCGAGUUCCGAGUGGAUGAGCCAUUCUUGUGGGAGCAGUAUCAGAGCUCAUGAGCUGCCGGUCCAAGGCAUGCACGCACAGAUCUUUUCCCCACAUUUGCUGGCAUGAGCAGUGGAAGCAGCACCUGCGAUGUUCAUCAGAUCUACCUUGUCUGAUUCAGGUGGCCGGAGCUCCCUCCUUCAAGCAGUUCUGCAGGCAAUCGUUCCACAAGAACUCCAAUGGUCGGAGCGUGGCUAAGAAUCAACGGCAACUUCUCCACUUCUAUACACAUGUUUGCUUAGCUUCGGAUUAAUGUGUAUGCGUUGAAGGAAUGGGAUUAAGGAUUGUCGACUUGUUUGCUGAAUUGGAAAGCACUUGCUUUA